AUGCCAUCCCCACAGCAAGGGAUUGAUCUUGCGUUAAUAUUCAUUUCUAUCUACGCCGCUCUAAUCGCCGCAUUGCACUACUCCGAAUUGACGGAAACCUAUCCAGCCACCGCCAUGAAGUCGUGGUUCUCGAGUCUGUGGUCUAUGGUCGCAGUUGCUGCCGCGCAGAAAGUCGAUUUAGGAUGGUACCCUCCAAGCAACACGUCUAUAAACAACUUAACUACCGCUUUACACGGCGAAGGGAUCUACGGGUUUAUCUUCAACACUUCGGAGACGUCAGAUGCGCAGUAUGGGACGUAUAACUGGUGCAACAUGCCGCAUGUUCGGAAGACAGACUUCUACUAUGUUGCCCUAACGCAAGUAGCUGAGCCUAGCCAGAUCCAACGACAUCACAAGCGAACUCCAUACGCGAGCAAUGCUUUUCCGGUGGAAUCUUACCGUUGGGACUGCGACGACCAAGGGCUCUAUUACUACGGGAGCCCCUUCGGGAGCGAUAGCAAGCAGCCCGCCCAAGUUUUUUGGAAGGGUUAUAUAUCACCAACCAACCCUUUUACCCCCUCAGGUUGGAUCGGGACUUGCCAAUUCCCCCAGAUAACUUCUGCGGGGCUCGACGACUCCUGGAUCCACGGUCGAGACCUUUACGAGGUCUACCACGACCUGCUCGGAUUUCUCCCCGGAAAAGAUGAAGACUGGCGAGCCAGCGUGACAUAUCGUGUUACCCAAAACGUUAUCACGAGUCAGGUCGCCGGCAUGUUGACCAACGGGAUGUGGGGGACGACCGAGGCCGUGCCGCUAGUUAUUCAGGGGGCCGGAGUCGACAGCCUAGAGCCGCAAUAUAGUUGCGGAGUAGGCAGCAAUCUCUUCAACACGAUCAGGUCCUCCUCUAAUGCGGCCUGGGGACACCAUCUAGAAGCCGCUACUGAUUUGUUUAGCAAGUUAGAUAACAUAUCCGGGGUGCCCCCGAGCGACUCCGGCUUCCACGCGAGUUUCGACCACUACUUCGACAACCUCUCCGCACGACAGUGCCACGCCAAACCGCUGCCAUGUAAGCUUGAAAACGGCGCGAACUCGUCUACGUGCGUUGACCAGGCGUUGGCUAAUACCGUGUAUCGCAUGGGGCAAUGGGAGUAUUCGCAGAUAUACCGCGAUGCCCACGCUUCGCUUGCCGCGUCUGCUACUACGUACGGUGUCUGGAUUGCGGAGCUAAGUAAACACCUACGAGAUGUGAUGGCUGGCGAGAGUGGACCCAUCUACUUCCAUAAUAUAGCGCACGAUGGGUCUGUAAGUCGGUUGCUAAGUCUACUACAGAUCGAUGUUAUGGUAUGGCCUGGAAUGGGUAGUGAGGUAGUAUUUGAGUUGUACGAGGGAAAGGAAAACGCGACGGUAGCUCGAGACUUGAGUAGAAAACCCAAUGUUGGAGCUGGUAAGAUGCAGUCAAGGAGGACGUACGGCGGCAAGUUUUUCGUGAGGGUUUUGUUCAGCGGCAAGCCACUCAGAUCCUCGAACCCUAGCCUCGGCUUGCUAGAUAUGGUGCCAGCAGAAACCCUACUGGUUUAUUUCGACGGACUAGUCGGGACGGAUGCUAGCUUAGUCGUGGGCAAAUGUAAUGGCACAUUGCCUGUCUAG